AUGGGUCCGAAAGAGGACCAUUCUAUAAACGAUAGGAAUACCAGAAGCGAAAGCAUCAGCCCAGGCACGGUGCAGCGCGUUGCAAGUGGCCACGGUCAAUACCUCCGUUCAUUCUCUCCUCGCCAGGUGCAUGUGAUGGGCCUAGGAGCUAGCAUCGGCAGCGGGAUCUUCAUCGGUACAGGAAAAAGUCUUUUCACCGGCGGCCCAGGCUCUCUGCUCCUCUCCUACUGCUUGAUCGUGGUCUGUGUAUGGGCGGUCAUCCAGUCCCUGUUUGAGAUGACCAUAGCUUUCCCAACAUCGGGCAACUAUCUGGACUUUGCCGAUCGCUGGGUUGACCCUGCUCUGGCAUUUGGUUCAGGGAUUGCGGAAUGGAUUGGCUGGGCUGCAUCUGCUGCGGCCGAGGCGUCCUUCUUUGCUGUGCUGGUGAAUUACUGGGCUGAAGAGCGUGUCAACAAUGCAGCUUGGUUAACUAUCUUCACGGUGAUAUAUAUUCUAGCGUUCUUCCUUCCCAACCAAGUCUUCGCCUGGAUGCAAUACGUCUGUUGCAUUGUUAAAAUAUUGCUUCUACUGCUGCUUCUGCUAGCAUCUCUGGUAGUUAUUUGCGGUGCUGGCUCUGAUGGAUAUGUACACGACGGCCAUUUCUGGACAGAUCUGCCAGCUUUCAAAGGCAGUUUUACAGGCUUCGCAAAAUGCACACUCCUCGCCUCCUGGGCCGUCGGCGACCAGAUAUUCCUCGGAGUCAUCGGCGGCGAGACGGCCAACCCUCGGUACUCAAUGGCACACACUGCCAAAUUAGUCCCCUGGCGCGUCAUAGUCCUAUACGUGACAACGGCUGUCUUCAUCACACUCCUGGUUCCGUCCAACAGUGACCGGUUGCUGGGAGGGAGCGGAUCCCAAGCAUCACCGUUCCUCAUAGCCUUCGACGACGUGGGGAUUCGCGUUCUACCGGAUAUAAUGAACGCCGGAAUGAUGAUUGGUAUUAUUGCCAAUGGCUCUGAGUCGUUCUAUCUGGCAUCGCGAGUCCUGCGGGCGAUGUCCCAUCAGAGAUUGAUUCCUGAGAGGCUUGCCCGGGUUGACGAAAUGGGACGGCCGCGAAUGGCGCAGCUGGUUACUGGUGUAUUGGUGCUCACCAUGACUUACGUUAGCCUGACUGCUGGAGGAAGUGAAGUCCUAACAUGGCUUGUCAACAUCACCAGCUCGGCGAUUGCAUGCAACUGGCUCAUCAUCAGCGUAACCUCUCUUCGAUUCCAUGCAGCCAUCAAGGCGCAGAAAGACGAUCUCUUCUCGGAGCCCUAUGCGUGGAAGCUCCAGAGCUAUCCCCUCCCCCCUAUAGCACUCAUGAUCCUCUCUCUCUUCCUCAUCGGAUGUUCACUGACGGCAGGGAUUGAUUCCAAUGGCACCCCAAACGACCGGCUGCAAAACUUCUUUACCUAUACAAUCGGUCUCGUCAUGGUUAUUAUAUGCACUGUGGGAUAUAAGGUGCUGAUGCGGACGUCGUGGAGAUCGAGAGAUACCGCAGAUUGCGUGACUGGCAGACGACGUUUAACAAGAGACGAGAUUGUCUUUCUGGAUAAUUACUACCGUCAGCCACGUUGGCGGCGGUUUCUAGAGUAUAUCCGGCUGUGGUAG